AAAAAAAAUUGUAAAUUAUACCCCCCUUUAAAAACAUACUUUAAGUUAAGAGAAGGCCAGAAACUCCAGAUUCGAGCCUGCAAGCAAGGGAUUCACUUCCCGGGCCGUUGUGAAAACAAUUGUCCAGACAAUUAAAAAAAUCUUUUAUCACUUUCACGUUUGUAUUAAGCUUCCAAAUGGGACCGACCCCAAGUCUUUAGCCCUUCCCGUUCAUGAAAUAUCUAUCGGGGAAACAAACGCAUUCGUGCUAAAAAUCCUUGGUAGACAAAAUUGCGGCACAACAAUUCGGUACGUAAACAUAGACUAGUACAUGUUUGCCAGCCGAUUACGGGUCAUAAUCAUAUUGUCACUUGGCGCAAUAACUCACUUAAUGUAUAUGUAUUUUAUAAUUACUUAUUAAUGUAUUUUCAUUUUAUUGUAAAUAGGCCAUCAAAAAGGCUGUAUGAAUCGGAUAGUGGCACUGAUGAGAAUGAGACAGACACAGAGAGUAGGCCACCACAAGUUAUUGACCAAGCAACAACGCCCAAAGAGUCACAAAGCCUACUUUCAUCUCCGCCUCGCUUAUCUGCACAGGCAUUGCGAGAGGCCAGCAGUGAUGUGCAAAGUGCUUCUCCAAUACAAGGUGCUUCUGAUACACCCUUCCGUGGGCAGAUUAUUGGGCCCACUGCUGUUACACAGAUUCUCCGAGUCUUGGAGACAAUGCGAGAGAAGAAUCGUGAAAUUAAGAGGAUGGUGCAGCGAAUGCUGUUAAGGUCAGCAGCAGAUGACCAACCGCUGCAACUUCCGAAAGAUAUCUCAUUCCCUAUUCGUUAUCCUGAGCAGAUAGAAGCAUUCGAUGAGCUUCUGGGAGAUCAGAAAAUGCUCUCAUCUGUGGUGCGGUUCCUCUCAAUGUUUGGUAUGGCAGAUGUACGGGAAACUGUUGACCGCUUGAUGAAAGAAACCAUGUCAAAUGAACUGGCAAGAAUGUACAAUAUGAAGUGGCUGAAGGGGAAGAAAAAGUUUGUGGGCCUCUAGAUACUGAAUGUAUUGUAUAAAUGUGUCCAAAGGAACUUGCCGACAAAGGCUGCAACGAGGAAGGAUGUUGAAAUAGAGGUUUCAAAGUGGCUGGCUGGGGCGCGGGACCGCGAUGGGGGAAGGAAAGCAAGAAACAAAGUGUCAGAGACCUUACCUGAAGAAAAUGAAGGAAGUGACUAGACAUGUUUUUAAUUUAAAAAUGCAAAUUUAUAGAGGAUAUUUGUUUGUUUGUGUGUAAGAUGAAAUUUUAUAUCAUCAAGAGAGCUUUAAAAACAGUAUUCUCAUGAGUGGCUAUGCGCUCGUGAGAACACUGUUUUUUAAAGUUCCUUCAAUGAUAUAAAAUUACAUCUUACACAACAAACAAUAAAGUGUCUUUUUAUUUUAUGCUAAUGAAAUUUCCUCAAUAUUAACGUUAAUAUUAAAUCUGUUUUCCCCACUGUUAACAUCAAUUUUAGUUGAAUUUAAGUCCAAUUUCUCAUAAAUACAGGAAGUCUUGGGCUGAAAAAUAAGUUUGACAAUCAACUUUGAAUAGCCAUGAUAUUAUUUAUUGAAUUCAAAAAAUUUGAAUGAUGAUAAAAUCUUUAAAAAGUACUCUCCUAUCAUAGAAAAGUUUGAAAUUUUAAUCAUUUCACUGUGAAAUUAUCAAAUAUAUUUUUCACGGAUACAUCAGUAAUACACUCAAAAGCAUAAAAUAAAUGACUUUUAUUUUACAUUUUCAAACCUUUACUUCAUCUGCAUAUAAGUUAUUCCACUGAUUGAAAGUCAAUAUGUAUCAAGGUAUUUUUAAAAUGUGAUAAGGGUCAGAACUACAUUAAGCGGCUCAUUUGUUUAUCUUGUUAUACUUUUUGUUGCUAAUUUAAAUGUUUGAGGUCAUCAGCAUAGCAUGUCUUUCUUGUAAAUGCAAAAUUCUUGUCUAGUCAAAUUUUGCCUUCUAGUCAGUAUAUUCUGCUGCUAUGUUAUGUUUGUUGUUGACAUUAUAUGCUGUUUUUCUGUUGUCUAUAUGCUGUUGUUUUUUUUUUCCAUUAAACAUUGUUACUGCACGGAGGAAGGAAGUCUAGUACUGGUGUAACUCUCCAGAAACGAUGGUUAGGAAACUACCCGCCUAUAUGACGUAAAAGGCGUAAAAUGAAACAAACAAACAAAAAACAUUGUUACUAUUUAAAUCAAGACAUUAAAUGCUUGGGGAAUGUUUUUGAUACUGAUCAAUACAAUUAUAACAUCUUGUCAAAACUUGACACUAACAGGGAACACAUGUAUUGAUAUGGUAUUAACCUUUAAAAUAAAGUUGAAAUACUUUACAAUGAUGAUUCUUGUAAUCUUUAUUGUUGUUAUUGUUGAAACUUUGAUAAUAUCGGAGAAAUUACUGAAACCAACUAUUUUUACUGACAAUUUUUUUAAUGAAUUUCUUCACAACAAAUUUGAUCUUUGUGUAAUAUCACAUUUUAAUUAUUAUUGAUUUUUACAAACUUGUACAAACUAUUUUUUACUUUUCAUCAGCUGCAUAUUUUGUUUACAUGUCUAUAAACAGUAUUUCAAUGUGCCAAGAUUUUGUGUAUUAUAUUUGUUACUUUUCAUUAGCUGCAUAUUUUGUUUACACGUCUAUUAACAAUAUUACAACCGUGCCAAGGUUUUGUGUAUCAUAUUUGUUACUUUAGCUGCAUAUUUUGUUAACACGUCUAUAUAAACAGUAUUACAACCGUGCCAACCUUUUUUGUAUUACUUUUUGUUACUUUUCAUUAGCUGCAUAUUUUGUUGACAAUUACAACAGUGCCAACCUUUUGUGUAUUAUAUUUGUUACUUUUCAUUAGCUGCAUAUUUUGUCCACACGUCUAUAAACAGUAUUACAACCGUGCCAAGGUUUUGUUAAUUAUAUUAAUUUUUUUUCAUCAGCUGCAUAAUAUUUUGUUUACACAUCUAUGAACAGUAUUACAACCGUGCCAAGGUUUUGUUAAUUAUAUUAAUUUUUUUUCAUCAGCUGCAUAAUAUUUUGUUUACACAUCUAUGAACAGUAUUACAACCGUGCCAAGGUUUUGUUAAUUAUAUUAAUUUUUUUUCAUCAGCUGCAUAAUAUUUUGUUUACACAUCUAUGAACAGUAUUACAACCGUGCCAAGGUUUUGUUAAUUAUAUUAAUUUUUUUUCAUCAGCUGCAUAAUAUUUUGUUUACACAUCUAUGAACAGUAUUACAACUGUGCCAAGGUUUUGUUUUAUUAUAUUUGUUACUUUUCACGAGCUGCAUAACAUUUUUUUCUUCAGCACUACCAUACCAAAGUGUAAUACAUGGUUGUAAUGAACAACUUUUUAUAUUAAUUGAUGUAGAUCUAUAUCAUUUGAAAAUGAAAGUAAUUGGUAGAUAGAAAUUUGUAAUGAAUUACAGUAAAUGUAUAAUACUUUUUCUAUGAAUUAUGUAGAAAGUUAAAAAGACAUUUGGGGUCAUACUGUUGAUUCACUGAAAUUUAAACAUUAUACACAUAUAUUUCUUGGAGUUCCAAAGACCUUCUGUAAAGUUUUACCAGUGUCUAGCAUAAGUUUCAUUUUUCCUUAUAGUGAUCUGUAAGGUAUCUAAUGUUAUAAAACUGCAUUUUUAAUUAUUUUGUUCGUACAUUAUAAACAGUUUUCCAUUACAUGUUGCUUAUUUAGUGUACCAAAGUAAUAUUUACUACAUAGGACUUUUUGAAUAAUAAUUAAUAUUUCUGUAUUUUUGAAUUAAAAACUAUGUAGUCAAAAUGAAAUUCUGUGGAUUUACAAAUAUGUACAGUUUACUCGGAUUUUUAUAUUGUACACUUUUCUAAGUUUAUUUACAUAAGUAAAGGUUUCUUUGUUGACAUCAGGCGUCCACAGAAUGUAUUGAGAAUCUGUAUAUAUAUGAUAUACACUUACCAUAAGUGAGAUUACUAAAUAAAGUUACAUUGUUAAAGCAUA